AUGACGACGGAAUUAGAAGCAAAGAUUCAACAGGCGCUACCGAGUGCACUAAAGAUGGCGCUAUAUGCAGCUAAAAAGCAACAGUUGGAGCUACGUAAGCAUACAAUUGAAGGUAUUGAGUCUCUAUGUAAUAAUGCAAAGUUUGUCAAGGAGCUAGAGGAACAGGAACUUGCACAGCAAUUGGAGGGGACAGCUAAAGAGUUUGCUGUCUUGGAGACGCAAUUGGCACGUUAUAGAGCGCAUUUGGAGAAACUAGAGCCAUUGGUGGAUACUGGUCAAUUGGAUCAAAAGAAGAUUGAUAAGUUGCGAAAGGAUUCACUGGUUACACCUCGGAUUAAUGCCAUGAAGCACGACUUUUACAAGAAAUUUUGUGAUAGUGCAGGGAUGGAGCUAGCAAUGGAUGGGGAUGAAGAUAUGCAUAUUCAAGAGAGUGAAAGCAUGAGGAGCACUAUUUGUCCAGUUACUCAGGGAGAGAUGGAAGAUCCAAUGAAAAAUCCAAGUUGUGGCCACACGUACUCAAAAAAAGGGAUUCAGGCUCACUUACGACGCAAUAAAAAGUGUCCUGUGGCAGGCUGUCCUGAGAAGUUGUCGCUGAAAAGCUUGGAGCGCGAUGUCGAGAUGGAAGUCAUUCUUGCACGCAGGCAUCCUGCAUCAGAGCAACAACGGUUACAGGAUGUUGCCUUGGCAGACCAGGUCGACAAAGAUGAUGAAGAGGAAUAUCUUGUUGAGUAG